AAGGAAUCCCUCAUCAGGUGACAUUGGCUUUUUGCUGAUGUUCUCACACUUUACCUUAACACUGAGACAGUACGCAGUAUUAACUACUCCUACACAGCAUUAUCCUCUUCCAAAAACACAAGAAGGAAAGGAAGCAAAAUGGCAUCAUCACGACCAGAUAUAAAUUUCCCAUCGAGAGCGCUCCUCGUUCUCUUCGCUCUAAUCAUCCUGACACCCUGGGAUUUUGCACCAGCGCUUCCUGUCAAUGGUCGAGGUCGAAGCGGGCUGGCGCUGGCUCCCCUUCCGAGAAACGAUGAGAACCAGAACCAGAAUCAGGUCCCGCUCGUGCGUGGGGACGAUUUUGUAGACUGGGAUGAUGAAGUCAACGACGACAGCAUUGAUUACGAUGGCUAUGAUGUGGAAAUAGCUGCCUUCUUGUCUCAGCUGGUCAAUUUUGGCGGGCAUUGUUUUCUCAUCGAUGAUACCGUUCCGUUUAGUGUGCUUAAGCAGAUGAAUGAUUUUGCGAAUGACCCUGGGGAUUAUGGUGAUAUUCCUGCUGCUUUGAAGGGGUAUGAGGUUCGCAUGCUAGGGGUGGAGGAUGUGGAUAUUUGGAAUGACGAUGAAGAGGAUAAAUAUGUUUGGGAUGAGGACGAGAAUGAUGACCAUAAUGAGAGUUCAUACUCCAACAUCAAAAUUCCUCUUCCCACCAUUCUCCCUAGCACCCUCGACAUUGGCAGCCACCGUUUCCGAACCAACUGCGAUAUCCCAGACGAAGUGACGGACCGAAUCUUCCGGCUCUUCCUGGAUAACCAUGACAACGAGAUUGUGGGCAUCCCGGAAGAUCUGGCCAUGUACGAGAUCAUGAGUCCAGAAGAGGAGGACGAUUGGAACACGGAGGUGGCUGUCAUAAGGGAGAGAAGGGUUGCUUCGCUGCUGCGGUAUAGCAAGCGCUGGGGAUAA